GCACGCGUGUCAGAUGGGACGUAAACAAGCUACAGGAAGCGCAGCUGUUACAUAGAUCAUAGCAGGUGACAUGGAAAGGUGACGUGUCAUCAGAGUGAACAGCCAAUCCCAGGGCACUGUGCUGCGAUCAGAAAAUACCAGUGCAGCGCAGAGAUGACCGAGUGCUUCUUACCACCCAGUAGCAGCCCUGCGGAGCAGAGGAGGGCGGAGCAUCCAGGGGGCGUGGCUCGUACCCCGAGCUCAGAGGAGAUCAGUCCCACUAAGUUCCCCGGUCUGUACCGUACAGGUGACCCGUCGCCCCCUCACGACGGACACCACCAUGAGCCGCCCGACGCUGCGUCUGACGAUGAGAAGGAGCACAACAAGAAGAAGAACAAGUUCAAGAAGAAAGAGAAACGCACCGAGGGAUACGCUGCUUUCCAGGAGGACAGUUCAGCUGACGAUGCGGAGAGCCCGUCUAAAAUGAAGCGCUCCAAGGGCAUCCACGUCUUCAAGAAGCCCAGUUUCUCCAAGAAGAAAGAAAAGGACUUCAAGGUGAAGGAGAAGGGCCCUAAAGAGGAGAAGGCCAAAGACAAGAAGUCCAAAGACCUGACGGCUGCGGACGUGGUCAAGCAGUGGAAAGAGAAGAAGAAGAAGAAAAAGCCAAGCGCUGAGCCCGAACCCAUCAUCACAGAGGUGGCAGUGACGUUCAGGCCGAUAUUCGGAGCUCCUUUAGUGGAAGCGGUGAGGAGGACAGCACUGUAUGAUGGGAUACAACUGCCGGCCAUCUUCAGAGAGUGUGUGGACUACAUCGAGAGCUAUGGCAUGAAAUGUGAAGGCAUCUAUCGAGUGUCCGGUAUGAAGUCUAAGGUGGACGAGUUGAAAGCGGCAUAUGACCGUGAGGAGUGUCCGUGUCUGGAGGAGUAUGAUCCGCACACGGUGGCCAGCCUGUUGAAGCAGUACCUGCGAGAGCUGCCUGAUAAUCUGCUGGGGAAGGAGCUGUCUCUGCGCUUUGAGGAGGCCUGCGGGAGACCCAGCGAGGCCGAGAAGCUGCAGGAGUUCCAGCGGCUCCUGACGGAGGUGCCGGCGGGCAGCAGACUCCUCCUGGCCUGGCUGAUUACACAUAUGGACCACGUCAUCGCCCGCGAGGCCGACACCAAGAUGAACAUCCAGAACAUCUCCAUUGUGCUCAAUCCUACCAUACAGAUCAGUAAUCGUGUGCUGUACGUGUUUUUCACUCACGUCCGGGAGAUGUUUGGUGAUGUGUUUCUGAAGCCGGUCGUUCAUCCUCUUCGCUGGUCCAAUAUGGCCACCAUGCCCACCCUGCCGGAUACUCAGGAGAGCAUUAAAGAGGAGAUCCGCAGACAGGAGUUCCUCUUGAAUCGUCUGCACAGAGACCUGCAGGCCGGUGUGAAGGAUUUAUCCAAAGAGGAGAGACUCUGGGAGGUUCAGCGGAUCGUCACUGCACUCAAACGCAAACUUCGAGAGGCCAAGAGACAGGAGUGCGAGACUAAAAUUGCGCAGGAAAUCGCCAGCCUGUCUAAAGAGGACGUGUCUAAGGAAGAGAUGACGGAGAACGAGGAAGAGGUCAUUAAUCUUCUUCUGGCUCAGGAGAAUGAGAUCCUAACAGAGCAGGAGGAGCUGAUUUCCCUGGAGCAGGUGCUGCGGAGACAGAUCGCCACUGAGAAGGAGGAAAUCGAGCGACUGCGUGCAGAGAUCGCUGAUAUACAGAGCCGUCAGCAGGGCCGCAGUGAAACAGAAGAGUAUUCAUCAGACAGCGAGAGCGAGAGUGAAGAUGAAGAAGAGCUGCAGAUGAUUCUAGAAGACCUGCAGAAACAGAACGAAGAGCUGGAGAAUAAGAACACUCAUCUGAAUCAGGCCAUCCACGAGGAGCAGGAGGCCAUAUUGGAACUGCGCGUUCAGCUCCGCCUCCUUCAGAGUCACAAGCUGCACCAGGAGCUUGUGGCUCCGCCCACAACAGAACAAGCCCCGCCCUCCCAACCCAGCCCAGAGGAACGGUCUCGAGUGGACGAGCCGAUUAAACGCACCCCAGCAGCGGCCGUUAUUGAAACCACUGCCAUAGCAGUCACAGCCGCUCCGUCCAAUGGGAAGCCUGGAAAAGAUGCCAUGAAGCCGUCGCCCAGCAAAGAGAAGAGGGAAGCCAACAUGUAAACCAUUAACCACAUCACUUCUGCUCGUGUUUGCGCAUCACAAAAACUGUAGGGUUCAAGGUGAGACACUCAUUACACUGGGAGGAAACUGGGACAGCCGCGGGAAAUGUAGGUCAAUAAAUCUGAAUCAUUUCUCAUUGGUUGUUAUCACAGUGGACUGAAGUUGGCUCUUCGUGUUUGAUUUGUGUGUGAAGUUGCAGCAGCGCAAUCAGAUCUUUGAGAGUGUUAAGGACAGUUCGAUCUGCCCUUUGACCUCUGUUAAAACAGACUUUUUUUUUAAGUUAAGAGUAUUAGGGGUUUUUCUGUUUCAAAAUCUCACGAUUGCUAGUGAAUCUCAGUGGGACAGGUCACAUUUUACUCCAAAAUCAAGUUAUAUUUUUGGCAUGAAGAAAUUGAAGCCUAUUGUUAGAACAUAUUUCUAACAUUAUAUAACAUUGUUUAGGACUAUUUUUUUUUCUGCAGUUGUUAUUACCUUAAUGGAUUUUCUGCUCAUUGCUGAAAUGUGAAAUAUUAUUAUUAUUUUAAUUACAAUAUUAUUGAAGUUAAAUGGGCUAUUUAUUAUUCAGAUUUAAAGUAUCAGUAUAUUAUAGCAUUUAAAUAGAAGAAAUAACUUGAUUAUAAUAAUUUAUUUUGAAAUUAUUCUAACAUUUUGAUAAAAUCUCCAUCCACAAAAAUGUAAUUGUACAAAAAAUAGAAAAAAAAAAAGAAAAAAAAGAUAAAUUAUGGAGUAAAAUGUGACCUGAAGACCGGUUUUCUCAACAUUUCAAGAUUGAGCAAAUGCAGAUAUUAUUA